AUGCCUGGGGAUGUACAGCUUGAGGUUGCGCAGGAUGAUAAUGUCCCGGAUUGGCUGAGAGAACAAGGGAGAGAACAAGAAGAUGAGGAACGAAAGAAAAACAAGGAAACGAAGAAGGCAGAUUGGCUAACACUCAUCACCAUCUAUCCACAGACGAUCGGAAUCUCCUACGAAGUUCUCGGCACGGGAUUGGCCGAGUUUCUAUGCGAUGCGCUGGACGACCUUGUCGAAGACUUUCUGGCCAAGGAGGCGCCGGAGCUGGCGGCCGAGUAUCCGCAGGUGAUUACGUUCACCAACAGUACAUGCAAGGAUGUGUUGAACAAGUUUCUUGAGUGA